AGCAACAACUAUAGCCUUAUCCGGUAUUGGUGUGGGUUUGCGACUGCGAGACAGAGAGAGAAAAAGAGUGUUUGGGGCUGCAUCCUGUAUAAUCUCUCCACCCAAACUUCGCUUCAGACAGGCGUGUGGCCACACUUUCUCUCUACCAGGCAUCUCUACGGAGUUUACUAUUCCUUUUCUGGGAAAUGUGGAGUGCAGAAUCUACAAGGAAAGAAUCAGAUUUGGCAGGAGCCAAAGGAGGCGAGCACAUGAGCGGGGACCCCUCUGAGCUGGAGUGGGCCAUCCAGACGCUGGUGAAAAACUACGACAAGUACGCCGGCAAAGGCUGCUGCUGCAGGAGACGGCGGGGGAUUAGCAAGAAAGAUUUCCGCAAGAUGCUGAGCCACGAACUCAAUCACAUGCUGACGGACACCAAAAACAAACACGCUGCUGACAAACUGAUCUGUGAUCUAGACGAGAAUCGAGACGGCCAGAUCAGUUUCGAUGAAUACUGGAACCUGAUUGGGGGCAUCGCCAGUCCCAUCUCAUGCCUGAUCCGGCAGCAGGAGGAAAGCGUGAAGUUCACCAAGUAGAUUGUGCCCGGCACACGUAGCGACGACAAUCAAGGCCACGGUGCUCCACAGCCCCCUUUCCCCUUGCCAUCAUGCCGACCUGGACCAUGCCCGACAUAUGCCAUCAGCAUAUCAAUGCAAAACUGGAAUUCACUGCAAAAGCCAACGUUUCCCUUUCAGCAGCUGCACUUGGUCAUGUGCCAUAGAGUGCAGCAACUGCCUGAAAAGCCUCAUAAUAAAGUCUGGAGUUGGAUCAAA